GGAAUUGAAACAGGGGAGCAGGGAGGAGAGGCUUCAGAUGGUUCCUAAGUUGCUUCCAUUUCUACCCCAUUGCAGCAGCGGGACCAAAACCAGCAGCACCCACUUGUUUCCAGAGCAGCAGAUAAUUCAAUAGUGCUACUAAUGAGUGACACUGAAGAGGAACCAAGAGAUAAUAAUGGCACAUGGCCAACCGGUCCUGUUAGUUCUCCAGUGUGGGUGGAUAAGAGCUCAGAGCUUCCUGAAGAGUAUAUACAACAAAUGAGAAAUCUUUCACUAAGAAGCCAUCAACAGUUAGACAGUUCUGUACUGAGUAGAGAUGAUGAAGAUGAAACAACAGUCAAUGAUGUGAAUGUGACUGCUACAGCAUCUGAACAACAGAUAUCACCAGAAGAGCAAACUGCAAGAUCUGGAUCUGUUCUCUCUAGUGCAUGGCGACCAGGGACUAUUUGGUGUCCAAUUUGCAUGGAUUUUUACUCAAAGAUUCUGCGAAGUGAACGACUGGUUUUGUCAACUCAGUGCGGCCAUCUCUUCUGCAGUCGAUGCCUCCCUGUUGCCAUUGAGAUUUCCAGAGCUUGUCCAAUCUGCAGCAGAGAACUCACUCACAGAGAAUAUCAUCCCAUUUAUUUAUGAGUACUUCUGUUUCUCAGCACAGACUCAGAUGUAUUUUGGUGAAUAGGUGGUGGAAAGACUUUUUGCUUCAUGUAUACAGUUCUCGUUGUAUACAGUUCCAUUGUUUCCUGAAUUCAAUUCUAAAUAAAUUGUUGAUUUAAGUAUA